AUGAUUGCACCGACUGCCUUUGCAGUCUUCUGCAAGGGCCACCCAGACUACUGGUUUCGCCUCGACGACGUCAUCGACCGAGUGAUCGCGAGCACCAUCGAUUUCAACACUUGGGAGUCAGCUUGGGAGGGCAUUUCUUGCUGCAGAGAACAGGUGGCAGCGGCGGCGGUUCAAACUGAUCCCAUAUCCGCACCAAUCCCACUGCAGAGGCCUCAAUGGGAAUACCUCGAUGGCGAUAAGUGGAGGCCUGCUGCAGAAGAGUUUACGGUGUCUCUCGAACAUGCGCACAACGCAGGUCACUCAAGCUGUGAAGUCAGUUUGGGGCACCACAUCUAUGACGUGGAUGUUGAGAAAUACAGCCAGAGGAACAGAGCAACUGGAGUCGGAAGGAGGCUUCGAAGGGUGAUGGUUGUGGAUGGGGAUGCCACAGUGAACCAUCUUCGGAUCAUCCAUGCCCUUCAGCAGGAACAGAUUUCUUGUCUUUCCAAGCAGCUUUCUGAGCAGCAUGCACUUUCUCAACAGUUUUUUGAGCUUGUCGCAGCUGGGACAAAGCAGAUGGAGCGUGUCGCCAAGCAUCUGUCCGAGCAGCAGGAACUUUCGCGAGAAUUGUCAAGACAAAAGACUGAAGACCAAGAGCAGAUUAAGAGGCUUUCACAACAGCUUUCGGAGCAGCAAGCCUUUGAUCACACUCAGGUGUCGGAGCAAAAGGCUGCUGACCAAGAGCAGAUAAGGCGUCUCUCCAAGCAGCUAUCCGAGCAGCAGUCACUCUCCCAAGCCUUGUCGGAAAACAGGGCUGUUGACAACAGCAAAAUCAAGCAUCUCUGCGAACAACUUUGCAAGCAGCGGGCACUUGCCGAAAGGCUGUCGAAGCAAAAGGCGGAGGAGCUGAGAUGUCUCUCCCAACAUCUUUCCGAGGAGCAAGCACAGUGCCAGCAGCUGUCUGAGCAAAAGGCUGAGUAUCAAGAACAGAACAGGCGUCUCUCCCAGCAGCUUUCGAAGCAACAGCUGCUUUCCCAACAGCUGUCUGAAGAAAAAGCUGCUGAGCAAGAGCAGGUUAGGAUUCUUGCGCAACAGCUUUCCGAGAGAAAGGCGGUUGAGCAACAGCACUUAAGGAGUCUCAGGCAGCAGCUUACCAUUCAGCUUCUAUCUAGGCUUCCGGAUGUUGAUACCGCUUCUCCUGCGGGCUGCGGCCUGUAUCACUGGGAUGUGCCUGCCUUGAUGCACAGCGCCCUCUGUAGCGUUUUCGUGGCUUCAAUGACCCGCCAUCGAGAAUCGUUACAGUCAGACCAGUUUUGUGACCCACCGCAGGUGGAGAUCACCAGAAUUCGUGAGAUUAUGAACCCGUACAUUCAAGGCCUGUAUCGACAUGCACGAGAAGGUCUCGCGCGCAGCAGGCCUGCUGGUUGCGAGCCUCCACAUGGAAUUUCAGCUUUCAUGUGCGAUUAUGGACAUGUGAACCUCAAUGAAUAUUUGUUGUUCCACGGCUGCCCCAGUGGCGCCGUUGACAGCAUCCUGGAGAAAGGAUUGGACCCGCAACGUGGAGGAGAAGCUGCUGGAAACAUGUUUGGGACAGGAGCUUACUUUGCAGAAAACGCAUCGAAGUCGGACUUCUACACGACAUGUUCAGAGUGCAGCUCAUGCAAGGACUGCAAGCAUCCUCAAGCAGAGCGAUGUAUUCUUGUUGUACGGGUUCUGUUGGGGGAAACGAAGGUCGUGACAGCACAAGUUCGGAAAGACUAUGCAGAGAAGAAGAAAGAUUUCCGCUCGUGGAAAAGGGCACCAGAGGGUUGUGAUUCCGUGACAGCCGAGAACUUGCAGAACGGGGGGGUGGUGGACCACCGAGAGUUUGUGGUGUACAAAGAGCAACAGUCAUUAGUGCGGUGGCUGAUCUAUUACCGCCACAAGAGCGACUGCGAAUGCCACAACUGCAAAUAUCGCCGUAGUUGA